GGAAAGACUAGGUCUGAAAUAUUGAGCCCUCUGAGUCGUCAGGAGCUUCCUGCUGACUGGAGAGCAAGGGUCGAACAGGGCCCAGGACAGAAAAUGUGAGAUGUCCUACCUGCUUGCAAACUGGGGACUACAUUCACUGUCUACACCUCAAAGGGCCCUGAUGUCCUUUGGAGGGAAUGGAGGACAGACUGUCUCUACCUGGCUUUGCUAAGGGCCCAGGAGAGCAGUGUGGCUGCUCACUGCCUAUUUUACUUCCAGGGCUGGCCCUUGUUUCACUUCUGAAGCCGCAACAUAGUGCUUUCUCCCCUUCCUUGCCACAUUACAAAGUCUUGUCUUUCAGUUAUCUCCUCUCUCAAAUGAGGACAAGUGUGCAAAGGGAAAUGGGACAGAGAAAGAGAAAUAAGAACAAGAAGGAAAAGAUAGCAGGAGAAAAGUGCAGGAAGAUAUAGGGGAAGAAAUCAUGUCUGCCAGAAAGAGGAGGGAGCCAGAAGGGCUCCUCAGCUAGUGGCUAAAAGCCCAGUAUAAAUUGGGACUGCAGUCACACUGGUGUGUGAAGCUGAGUCAAACACAUUCCUCCACGCAGUGGUCAAGGCAACUUUCAGGGGGUUGGUUCAGAGGGGCAGAGCUCACCUCUCCAGAGUCUGUCUAAGCUGAGACAACACAGACUUGGGAGCAGAAAUCCACUCGUUCACCAAGUCUGCUGGUUUCCCUGGGCCCAGCAGAUGCUGGAGAAGCAACAAAUGAGGAGCUGGUGAAGAGAAGAGAUGUUUCCCUCUGGCUGGCAGAAGUUAUCCUGCACCUAUUGAUCUUGAAAGGGAGGGCAGUGUCCCUUUCUUGGCCCUUUGAUAGUUAAGGGAAACAACUGGACAGAGGUUGUGAUGGACAAGAUGAGCAAAAUGGACUGGGCGGCUGGAGGUGAGGAAUAGACUUCUAUGUCUGAUGAACUCUUGCCAUUCUUCCCUUGGCUACUUUGCUGUUAAGGCUAGACAUGUUCCAUAUAGUGAGGGGGGAAGGAACAGAGAGCUCGAUUUGCUCUUGCUCACCCUUCCCAAAAAUGUCUUACAACCCUUCUUUCAUCAGUGCAAGGCCUAGAGAGGAUCCCAAGGGUGGCAGUUUCUUGGAGGAAAGCAGUGGUGGGGGUGAUGACAGUAGUGUCUUGGGAGGGGACAGCCCGGUCACGGGGCCACUGGGCACAGUGCUGCUGGUCGUGUGCCUCACUGGCAUGGUGGGGAACAUCUACACGGUGGCAGUGGCCUCUGGCAGGGUGGUGGGCUACUCAGCAGGCUCCUUGGGGGUCUACGUGAUCAACCUUGCCCUGGUUGACCUCCUGUACCUCUCCACCAUCCCCUUCAUGGUUUGCACCUACUUUGCCCAUGACUGGCUCUUCGGGGAUGUGGGUUGCAGGCUUUUGCUCAGCCUGGACCUCCUCACCAUGCAUGCCAGCAUCUUCUUUCUGACCGCUAUGAGCCUGGAGAGGUACUGGGUGGUGGCCAGGCCGCUGUGGGCCAGGCGGGUCAGCAAUGCUUACCGCAAACUGGCCAAUGCCAUCCUCUGGCUCCUCUCGCUCCUGCUUAUGACCCCCAUGAUGGUGAUGACCCAGCUGCAGGAGGGGGACAGCCCCCACAAGCGCAUCUGCACCCCCACCUGGACACCAGCAGCUUUCCGGCUCUACCUGACAGUGCUGUUCACCACCAGCAUCCUGGCACCUGGCGUGGUGCUGGGCACCAUCUACAUCCGCCUGGGCUGGGCCUACCGGGCCUCGGCCUGGGGCAUGGGGCUGCCAGUGGCCGGCCGGGCCCCUUCCUGGUGGCUCUUCUCCAGGAUCUCUGACAUUGUGGUGGCCUACCGGGCCUGGCAGCUGGUUGGGCUGUACCAGAAGGAUGUGCUGGCCAUUGGCCCCACUGCCCAGGCCGACCUCAACUUUGGUGUCACCUGCCUGGCCUAUGGCAACAGCUGUGUCACCCCCUUCCUCUACACCCUGCUCACCAGCAGCUACCACCAGUGACCUGGCCACAGUGGGAUGGGCAUGGCACAGCCCACAGCAUCCUCCCGGCAGGCUGUAGGAAGCCACAGCCUCCCCCUGGCUUUCAGGGAGUUGUCAGGGUCUGUGAGGGAAAGCGAGGGGUGAAC